AUGUACCAAGUUGUCAUGGAAUAUCUUAAUAACUAUCAAAGAUAUAUUUAUUAUGGCUUGUUCAUUGUUGUGGGUUACUUUUUACAUGACCUUAUAAACUAUGCUCAGGGAGAAAGCGUGCGCAUAGGAAGAAUUCGGAAGAUAUUUGAUUUAUUUUCAAAGGUAAUAAAAAAGGUGUAUAUAUUUUUUAAUUUUUAUGAAAGACGAAUAAUAACAUUAGAAAAUGAGUUAUUUUAUAAAAAUUAUGAUAAAGAAGUUAUUGAUAGACAUGGGAAACUAUUAAAUAUAUAUGACAUACCACAUGAUUCUUUAAAUAAAAUCUUUAAUACGAAAAUUUUAAUUAUUGGAAUAGGAGGAUUAGGAUCUCCUGUUUGUUUAUAUUUAAGCAAGUUUGGAUUUAAAGAGAUUGGAUUGGUUGAUGGAGAUAAAGUUGAAAAAAGUAAUUUACAUAGACAAAUAAUACAUAAAGAAAAAUAUAUAGGAUUAAAUAAAUGUAUCUCUGCAAAAUUAUUCUUAAAAGAUAUGGAUGUUGAUGUAAGUGAUUGUAUAAAAUGUUAUCCAUUCUUUUUAGAUAAAUUAAAUGGUAUUAAUAUAAUUAAAGAAUAUGAUAUUAUAAUUGAUUGUACAGAUAAUAUAAGUACAAGAUUUCUAAUUAAUGAUUUAUGUAUUCUAUAUAAAAAAAAAUUAAUAUUUGCUAGUGCUUUAGGUAUUUAUGGACAAGUAAAUGUUUAUAAUUUAAAUAAUAAUACAUCGAAUUGUUAUCGAUGCUUAAAAAGUUUUAAUAAUCAUUCUCAAAAUAAUGAUUGUGAUGAAAAUGGUAUAUUAUCUACAGUCACUGGUGUUAUAGGUUUAUUACAAGCGAAUGAAGUAAUAAAAUUAUCUAUUGGUUUAGAUGAAGAUGUUUUAACAAAUUUUUUGACAUAUAAUAGCUUCUCAAAUAAAUUACCAUUCGAGUCUUUGAACAUAAAUUAUAAGAAUAAAAAUUGUUUAUGUUCAAUGAAAAACUUUAAAGAAUUAUAUAAUUUUAUUUUAUCACAUAAUUAUGAUAAUAUAAAUAAUACAAAUAAUACAAAUAAUGCAAAUAAUACAAAUUAUAACAAUAAUAAUAGUAGUAACAAAAUUAAUAAUGCUAACAACAUCUAUUGUAAUAAUCUAAUAUGUUUUAAUCAAACAAAUAAAACAUAUAUAUAUCAAAUCGAUACCUUCCAAUUUAUAGAUAUAUUAAAUAAUAAUUAUUCAUCAUUAUCCUUUCCGGUUAAUCAAAUAUGUAUUCUAGAUGUUAGGAAAAUCAACAAUACUAAUAUUUAUGGUUUAAGAAAUUCAGUCAAAUGGUCCUUCUAUGAAAUUAUAGAAACCUUUAAUAAAUUACAACAUAAUAAACAUGAACUCUUACAAAUAAUAAUCGACAAAUUAAAUAUAUCGAAUCCUAAGAAAAAUAUUCUAAUCAUAGUUGUUUGUAGGAGAGGUAUAGAUUCCUUAAAAAUAACAAAACAUUUUAAUAACCUCUUUCUAAAUAAUGAUCAGUAUGAUUCAAACAAAAAGCACGCUACUUACAACAAUAAUGACAUAUCAUUAUACAAUACAAAAAAUAAAAAAUAUAAUAAAACCCUUCUAAAUGAUGCACAAAUUAUUGCGUAUAAUUUGAAAGGUGGAUAUUUACAGCUUCAAAAAAAAAUAUUCAAAAAUUUGCCCUUUUUAUAA